AUGCAGGAAGCUCCGUAUUGGAUGUGGAUGAAGAGGAAACAAAUCUUAGAGUCGGAUUCUCAACGAUCAGUGAUUUGUCUGAACAACAGAACAUGGGAAGAAAAGGCUUUUGCAGAAGAUGCAGCUGGGCCUCUUGGGGGAUGCAUAUGGCCUCCAAGAUCUUAUUCUUGUAGUUUUUGCAACAGAGAGUUCAGGUCUGCCCAAGCCCUAGGUGGUCAUAUGAAUGUUCAUAGAAGGGAUAGGGCAAGGAUGAAAGAAUCCCUUAGCUCCUCCAAUGAUGUAGCCCCCCAUCAUCAAAAUCAUCAUGACCAGAAUCGUUCCAAGUCUCUGGGUGCUCAGUUUCCAACUGAUGUUUGUAAGUUGUUUCACAGUCGAGACCCUAAAUCUAGUCCUAACAUUGUUGCAUCAGGUGCUCUAUCACCUUCGUGGGUUUCAACCUUUUACACUCCAGAAAAUUUUAGUGAACAACGUACUUCUGCGCCUGCUCAUUCUUCUUCUAUUGCUCAAUCUUUGUCCGAUCCUGUGGGCGUUAGACUUCUCAUGAGUAUCUCUGAAUCAAAACAUGGAUUGGCAAAUAAUCCGAGGGAAGAAGAUUCUACUUGUUUACGUAAUGACGAUUAUGUUGAAACUGAAUUUUCUGUCGGUAUGAAUUCUUUUGUUUGCCAAAAUCGACCAACUGGGUCCCCUGGGGAUGAGGCGAUCAGUUGCAAAAGACCCAAGACUGCUGUUUCUUCACUGUCGCUCUUUCUUAAGGCAUGUUCGGAUGCUAGAUACCACCUUCAGUCAGAGGUAACCGAAGUAGUUAAGCCAAUCAGCAUGGAGGACUUGGAUCUUGAGCUCAGGUUGGGUGAUCCAGGAUCACCUAAAGUGAAGCAGUAG